GCCUCGAAGAGGAAGUAGUUUUUUUUCCUCCAGCCGAGAUCUGGCCUUUCAUCGGGUUUAGGGUGCACCGAUCGAUUUCGUUGCGGCCAAAGUGAUGGCGUUGGAGUGGGUGGUGCUUGGCUAUACUGCUGCCGCGGAGGCCAUUAUGCUCAUCCUCCUCACCCUUCCGUGGCUCGGCGGCCUCCACCGGGGUCUCGUCGCCGUCGUUCGCGGCGCCCUAAAGCCGCUCCUCUCCGUGGUUCCCUUUUGCCUUUUCCUCCUGGCGGACAUAUACUGGAAGUACGAGACUAGGCCGAAUUGCGAGCAGGAGCACUCCUGCACUCCCUCCGAGUACCUCCGCCACCAGAAAUCGAUUAUGAAAAGCCAGCGCAACGGGCUCCUCAUCGCUUCUGCACUCCUUCUUUACUGGCUUCUAUUUACAGUCACCACUCUCGCUGGACGCAUCGAGCAACUCAACCAGCGGGUAGAAAAGCUCAAGCGAUCGGAGUAGAUCAAUUGUGUGUUAGGCAUCUUCUUCGCCUUCAGGCUUGGUCUGUAAUAUCUACCUUUUUCCAGUUUUUGUAGGAUUUCAUUGUAAAACUUUUUUUGUUUUAUGUUCUUGUUAAAAUCUGACUUUGGUUGUGUUCAAUAAUUGUGUUUUUAUUUACGGACCUUUAAAUUGGAUUCCGUUAAUUUGGUCUGGUUUUUCUU